UCUAGCCGUUUAACCUUUGGGAUUUAUGAGUUUGCAUUCUUCCCUUCCCGAUUACCGCUGUUAGUCCCGCCUCGCUCCCCGCCCCCUUGCCCUUGAAAUCCGGUCUACCCUGCUGGCCCGCGGUUGUCACGUGACGUCUAUGUCUUUCGUGGGCGAGCCUGGCAACCGUCCUGGAGACAGACACUGCGGGGCUGCACCAUGAACGUGAUCUACCCGCUGGCGGUGCCCAAGGGGCGCCGGCUCUGCUGUGAGGUGUGCGAAGCCCCGGCCGAGAGGGUGUGCACGGCUUGUACAGUCACUUAUUACUGUGGGCCUGUGCAUCAGAAGGCUGAUUGGGGCAGCAUCCAUGAGAAGAUAUGCCAGCUGCUAAUUCCUCUGCGUACCACCAUGCCCUUCUAUAACUCAGAGGAAGAAAGGCAGCAUGGCCUGCAGCAGCUGCAGAAGCGACAGAAGCACUUGAUCGAAUUCUGCUACACUGUUGCCCAGAAAUACCUUUUUGAAGGAAAACAUGAAGACGCUGUCCCUGCGGCUCUGCACUCCCUUCGAUUCCGCAUGAAUGUGCACGGCCUGAGCUCAGUAGAGCUGGUGCCUGCUUACCUGCUCCUGGCUGAGGCCAGCCUUGGUCUGGGCCGGAUAGUGCAGGCUGAAGAAUAUCUAUCCCAAGCCCGGUGGACAGUCCUCAAGUCAACUGACUGUAGUAAUGCCACACACUCUUUACUGCACCGGAACCUGGGCCUUCUCUACAUAGCCAAGAACAACCACGAGGAAGCCCGUUACCAUCUGGCUAAUGAUAUUUAUUUUGCCAGUUGUGCAUUUGGAACAGAAGACAUCAGGACCUCAGGAGGCUACUUCCACCUGGCCAAUAUCUUCCAUGGUCUUAACAAAGUGGAGCUGGCAGACACACUGUACACAAAGGUCUCGGAGAUCUGGCAUACAUAUUUGAAUGGUCACUAUCAAACCCUCUUACUGGCUCGUUCCCAACAAACAGACUUACUGGGCAAACAAUUUGUGAAUGACACCGGCCUGGAUGAAGCCCAGGAAGCAGAGGCCAUUCGGAUCCUAACUUCAGUCUUGAGCAUUCGAGAAGCUACUUCCAGCAAAACCCCCCAAAAAACCGUCCUUGUUCUGAAGACCCUGAGCAUACUUUACUAUCUGAUGCUGGAGCCUUCAAAGGCAAAGGAACACGCCACGAGAGCUCUCAGUCUAGCUGAAGAGUAUCUCAGUGUGCAGGAGCAAAGGGUUACUCAAGAGUUACUGACUAUCAUCUCAACCGAGGAAGAUCAGCCCAUCACCUAGAGGGCCAGGGCUGGUGGUGCCUGGGGGCUGUGGACUGACGGAUGCUUUCCUCAGAGCUGCUCAGAGGUCCUCUAGCUUGCCUUCACUCCUCCCCUGGAACUUCCUGAGGGACUGUGAUCCUAUUAGCAUGUGAUAUAUAGAGCUUUGGGCACAGUAGUCAAUAAAGCUGUUGUUUAUCAUGA